GCUUAUCCUUUAAAAGGAAAGAGGUGACUUAGGACCCAUCAACCAGAACAUUAACAGCUCUGCUUAGAUCUCUCUAUCUAUAACCACAACUUACUACUGACACUUCAUCUUCUUAAAAACCUCUCCUUUCUUGUCGAUUUCUCCGACCCAUUAGAUCUCCCCUCAAAAACACUCUUAAAAAGACAAUCUUUUUAGUUUUUAUUUUAGUUUUGGCUGUCUGAAUCCUCUGUUCUGCGUGACCCAACAACACUGGUGAAGUUAGUGGCUUUCUUGGUCUGCUUAGAGAUCUGUGAUCAAUGGUGAGCUCGAUGGAUGAAAAAGUGGUGGCUGUGAUCAUGGUCGGUGGUCCAACCAAAGGUACUCGAUUCCGACCAUUGUCUCUGAAUAUUCCAAAGCCUCUGUUUCCUAUUGCGGGACAACCAAUGGUGCAUCAUCCAAUUUCAGCGUGUAAAAGGAUUCCUAAUUUAGCUCAAAUCUAUCUUGUCGGUUUCUAUGAGGAAAGGGAGUUUGCACUUUAUGUCUCUGCCAUUUCCAAUGAACUCAAAGUUCCUGUCAGAUAUCUCAGAGAAGACAAGCCACAUGGUUCAGCUGGUGGUCUGUAUCACUUUAGAAAUCUAAUCAUGGAAGAUGACCCGUCUCAUAUCUUCCUGCUUAACUGUGAUGUCUGCUGCAGUUUCCCCUUGCCUGAAAUGCUCGAGGCUCAUCGGAAAUAUGGUGGAAUUGGAACACUUCUUGUAAUCAAGGUCUCUCCUGAAUCAGCCAGCCAGUUUGGAGAACUGGUUGCAGAUCCAGUUACUAAUGAGCUGCUUCACUACACCGAGAAACCUGAAACUUUUGUCAGUGACCGUAUUAACUGCGGUGUUUAUGUAUUUACACCUGACAUUUUUACUGCCAUAAGAGAUGUUUCUUCUCAAACGAAAGAUACAGCAACUUUGAGACGUGUUUCCAGCGUUGAAGCUCUUCAACCGGCAACAAGGAACUCCACGGAUUUUGUAAGACUGGAUCAAGACAUCCUUUCACCUCUAGCUGGGAAGAAACAGCUAUAUACUUACGAGACUAUGGAUUUCUGGGAGCAAAUUAAAUCUCCUGGAAUGUCGCUGAGGUGCUCGGAACUCUAUCUUUCUCAGUUCCGGUUGACCUCACCACAAGUGCUGGCUAGUGGAGAUGGAACAAAGAGUGCCAUAGUGACUGGUGAUGUUUUCAUACAUCCUUCUGCAAAAGUACACCCAACUGCAAAGAUUGGUCCCAACGUCUCAAUCUCUGCCAAUGCUCGUGUUGGACCCGGUGUCAGGCUUAUCAGCUGUAUCAUCCUUGAUGACGUUGAGAUCAUGGUAUGUCUUCUUACACCAGAGACUGAAAGAAAAACGGGCAAAGUUCUCUUGGGACUGACUCUUCAGUGUCUGUUUUCCCAGGAAAAUGCAGUGGUGACUAACGCAAUUGUUGGGUGGAAAUCUUCUAUCGGGAGAUGGUCCCGUGUCCAGGCUGAGGGAGUCUACAACUCCAAACUCGGAGUUACAAUUCUCGGAGACUCGGUUGCAGUUGAAGACGAGGUUGUGGUGACCAGCAGUAUCGUUCUUCCAAACAAGACACUCAACGUCAGUGUUCAAGACGAGAUCAUCUUGUAACUGAAGAAACGAACCAACCCUGUGGAAGCAAGUUAUUUGGGAAGUAACUCAAAUGAAUCAUUUACUUUACAUAAAAAUUGCCAACUUUGUAUCAGAUUCCAUCAUCUAUACUCAGACACACAGCUACUGUAAAACGCACUGAAUUUUUUGGCCCAUGAUAAUAAAGCAAUUGUGUAAUUUAGCA